ACUACUUUCUCCACUAUCUAUCAGCCUGCACUCUUUGAGGGUUUUUGGCUAGCGGCUCGGGUGGACAAGGGCAGUGCAGGAGCACGACUUGGCGGUAACCCGGAGAAAAGCUGCCGCAUGUCAGUGCAGCGCCGAAACGAUCCACGAAUGUGCCGCUGCCUGACAGGGUCCUCCCUUCUUGUGUGCAUAUUGGUUCCCUGUAGGUAACAGGGCGUCAACAGCUUGCACUGCAUUAUCACGAACACAUCAUUCUUUUUGUUUCACCUCCCCGUCUUUCUCACUUCAGUUUAAGGGCGAUCGUCGCUGGUGUUCUCUUCUCAGUGCAGAACAGGUAUCCUAGCCUUUUUGGACACCGUUGUUGGGCAAGAUGAAGCUGUUGUCUGUUUUGGUUGUCUCCGCAGGGAGUCUCCUGCCCAUCGCUGCAGGCACUUCUGUUUCUGAGGAAGGCGAAAUUGUGUACAGUGCUCCUAUUCGUCAUGUGCAGGAGAUGUCAUACGACUCCGAAGAGACGGAUGUCCACUCGUACGUUCAAGAAGACGGUGAGUAUGGGGUAGAUGCAAGCCUUCGCAUUCUGGAAGAAGUCCCAAUGGAUGAGUCUUUCGAAGGAGCUGAACAACGCUCCCUUGGGAAAAAGAAACAGGAACCCGUGGUCAUUGAAAUGCCGGCGAAAAAGGCCGCACCGGUGAAAAAGCCUGUUGUCGAGACAAAGUAUAUGGCCCCAGUUGUUGAAAGCAAGUACGUUGCACCGUCCAAGAAAGGGCGCCUCCUCGCUGCUCUGUCAGGCCGGCGACAGACUGAAAACGAGACCGUCUCAUCUCAGUCUGUGGAGUCCGUUGUGGAUGCAACCAUGACCCACUCCGAGGAAUCUGUUAUGACCCAGAGCGAAGAGGAGUCCGUAAUGCCAACAUCCACUGAAGAUUCCAUGAACGCCCAGUCCGUUGAGAUGCUCGAAGAGUCAGCUGAGGUUCAGGGGGUCCAAGCCGCCGAAACUGAGACGGAAGAGGAACGCGAACUGAAGAAAAAGGCAACAGCCUAUGUGGUACCGGUUGCUCCAGUUGUUCAGAAGGCCCCUACGUGCACUUCUGGCAAAUCUUGUUCUUCCUAUCACUCUGGUUGCACUGGCAAUGCCUGCUCUCGUUACAUGCAAGAGUCAGCGGAGUAAUGCCAACGAAGUGUUGUGGAUUGUGGUCCAAUGCGUCUCGAAGGAGACGCCUGUGUUGUUCAGGUCACUGCUCAGGUGCUUUGAAUUUGCCUGACGCCCGAUGAAAAGGUUCAUGUGACGAUUAACAAACUUCACUAAACUCAUGAAGAUGCGAUAAACA